AUGGUGUUUGACAUGGAGGGGCCAGACACCUGGAACAGCUACAGUCAAGCUCUGCAGGGCUCUGGCAGGACCCUGCUCCCCACUCAGACCAACCUUGUGGAUCAAGUGUGGGGUGACCAGAGACCCCCCAAUGCCUCCGGAAAGAUCUACAGCCUUCCAGAAGCGUUCACUGGGAGCAGCUGGCAGGAGAAGGUGUCCGGGAUCCGGCGGCAGAUGGAGCAGCACACGCGGCGCCCCACGGCCGUGCUGCUGGCGGGGCUGGAGGAGACGGCCUGGCUCUUCAACCUCCGCGGGAAUGACAUCCCCUACAACCCUGUCUUCUAUUCCUACACCCUGCUGACCAGCACUGACAUAAGCCUCUUCCUGGACGACUGGCGCCUGUCUCCAGAGGCACGGCAGUCCCUGCGGGCACAGUGCCCGGGGCUGCUGUGUGUGGAGCUGCUGCCCUGCAGGCAGGCACAAGCCCACCUCACCCGCUACGUCCAGGGCAACGUCACGGUCUGGGUGGGCACUGAGUACACCACGUAUGGGCUCUACAGCACCAUCCCCCAGGAGAAGCUGCUGGAGGACAGCUACUCCCCUGUCAUGCUGGCCAAGGCUGUGAAGAACACCAAGGAGCAGGAGCUGCUGCGCGCUGCUCACGUUCGGGAUGCAGUGGCUGUCAUCCAAUACCUGCUGUGGCUGGAGAAGAUGGUCCCCCAGGGGCAAGUGGAUGAGUUUACAGCAGCCCAGCACAUCGAUGCCCUCCGCCAGGCCCAGGAGUACAGCUGUGGGCCCAGCUUCCAGUCCAUCUCGGCCAGCGGGCUCAACGCGGCACUGGCCCACUACAGCCCCUCCAACGGGAGCAGCCGGGUGCUGUCUGUGGAUGAGAUGUACCUUCUGGACACCGGAGGCCAAUAUCUGGACGGGACAACGGACAUCACACGGACAGUGCACUGGGGUGUCCCCACUCCACUCCAGAAGGAAGCCUACACCCGUGUGCUGAUGGGGAACAUCGACCUGUCCCGCCUCAUCUUCCCACCCAACACGGCAGGGAGAACAGUGGAGUCCUUUGCCCGCCGGGCACUCUGGGAUGUGGGACUCAACUACGGCCACGGGACCGGCCACGGCAUCGGCAACUUCCUCUCGGUCCAUGAGUGGCCUGUGGGUUUCCAGUCCAACAACGUGCCUCUGACAGCCGGCAUGUUCACCUCCAUCGAGCCCGGGUGCUACCGGGACGGCGAGUUCGGGAUCCGCAUUGAGGACGUCGCCCUCGUGGUGGAGGCAGAGACCAAGGAGCCCUUCCUGACCUUCGAGGUGGUGUCCCUGGUGCCCUACGACCGCAACCUCAUCGACCUCGACCUACUGUCACUGGAACAGAUCCAGUACCUGAACGCCUACUACCAGAGCCUCAGGAAGAGCCCAGGCCCUGGAAGCCAGUCAAGGAUGGCUGAGGAACACAGGGAAAGGCAGACCGGCCUGUGCCCCCAGGUGACCAAGGUGGCCACUCGUGCUCCUGAUCCUCCGACACCGAGCCAGGCCAGCGCCACCCGCACCGCCUGCACACCGGGGUGA